AAACCUCCACGAAAAAUAAAAAAUAUAAAAAAUAAAUAAAUAAAAAAAUCAAUCCACUAGAAAUAAAAAUAUUCCUUAGAUUCCGUCACCCACGGGUGACGCAAUUGUUACUCGUAGACUUUGCACCAUGAACAACUAAUCAACCAUCGUCUUCCUCACUUGUCCCACCUUUCCCCCAUUUCUACGCUCUUACUUUCUCUCUCUAACUCUUUAUCCUUUCUCUUUCAUCACUUCCAAUCCAGCCACCAUAGAUGUACACCUCCAACUCAUCUUCAUCAUCUCAGAAGCCAACCGGCCAGCCGCCAACCGGUCUUACCCGGUACGGUUCUGCUCCAGGUUCCCUACUAGCCACGGCGAUGGACUCCGUUAUUGGACCCGACCGCGAGUUCAACACGCUCAGAUCGCCACUCGGCGGACACUACUUCUCGGGCGACUCCUCCUCCACUACCUCGGAUUCCAGCUGCAAAGUCAACUCCUCUUUGCAUAGAUCGCAUGGACUCAACGAGAUAGCGGCCAGGAUUGGAUCCUCUUCUUCGUCGUCUUCCUCUUCAGCUUCAGUUUCAGCUUCGGCUUCUCCUUCUUCGUCUUUGGUACGCCAGAGGAGCUCCCCUGCUGGCUUCUUCAGCCAUCUCAGUAACGUUGUUACUGAUAAAAAUGGUUUUUCUGUGACAAGGGGAAGUGGAGGUUAUGGGUCUCAACAAGGUGGCACCAAUUGUGGACCUGGAGUAUCAAGGCUGAAGUCUCAGUUGAGCUUCACCAGACAAGAUUGUCUUUCUCAAAUUUCUGAAGUAAGUGAAAAUGUGAUUGAUGGUAUGAGCUCUGAAAAUGGUCACCAUAAUGCAAGUCAUUCUUUUGCCACUAGCUUUGGAAUGGACUCCUGGGAUAAUAAUACCAAUUCAAUUGUUUUCUCCGCUCCUCAAAGCAAACGAGCUAAGAAUAUGGAUGGAGACUUGUAUAACUGUCUCAAUGUUCUGGAUACCCAGUUUAGCCUUCCACAGACGACUCUAGAAAUGGCAGCCGUGGAGAAAUUACUUCACAUCCCAGAAGAUUCUGUCCCUUGCAAAAUCCGUGCGAAGCGAGGCUGUGCAACUCAUCCACGAAGCAUUGCCGAAAGGGAGAGGAGAACUAGAAUAAGUGGGAAACUGAAGAAACUUCAGGAUCUUGUUCCAAACAUGGAUAAGCAAACAAGCUAUGCAGACAUGUUGGACUUGGCCGUUCAACAUAUCAAGGGUCUUCAAAACCAAGUCAAGAAGCUCCAUACUGAACUUGAGAAUUGCACUUGUGGUUGUAAACAAAAUACAUAAGAGGCUCCUCUAACGACACUGCAGUAGACAACUAAACGGACCUCAGAGCUUUAGGGUUUGAGAAGUUUGGGAUUGAUCAAAAUGGGACUAAUUUUGUACCUUUACCAAAAGUUAGACUUGAUAGAACUAGUAGGUGGAGGAACAUUGUCUCAAAAUGUUCAUUGAGGAAAGUUUCUUUCAUAUUUUGUAGUGAUUUGAAUUUGCUGAGGUUCUUGCAAUAAACAAUGUAUAUAUGAUGGUUUAACCGUCAUCUCUUAGUUCAUGAAUGAUUGGAAAUUGUUUCUUUCUUCCUUGGAAGGAAUUGUAACAAAAAUAGAACAAAGAAAAUACAGUGAACUGUGAAUUUUUGGUCUUUG